AUGAGUCUAAACGCGAGACCAAGAUGCAUCCGCGUCACGCGCGCUGAAGCGGAGGCGUUUCUGCGUCGUCUCGAGGGGAAGGAAGGCGCAGAACGCUCCCGCCUGCAUGAAGAGCACCGUGCGUAUGUCGACGGUACGCGUGACCGCGAUGCUGACUUUGGCGACGAAGUUGCGGAUGAACAGCUUGUUUCAGCUCCUACGUCAGCAACGAGAGGAAGGCGGCCUGGGAUGACAGUGACUUUACGCAAGCCUCUUGCUCCAGCUACGUACCGGAGGAAGGGCGCACUAGUGAGCGGCAGAGAUUACAACACCGAAGAAGGCGGCGAAGUAAAAAAGACCGGCAAAGGCGCCAGGCAAGGCCAAAGCAAAAGAAAGGCCCGCAAGAACUGUGUCAACAAUGCCCAACCAGCCGAGGAUCUCCCAGAGUAUAGCAACACGUCGCCAUCUCCGCCAUGUGCAACAAACACAACGCAGGCACAUCGUGGACCCAUGUCGACAUCGGAAGGUGCUUCCUCUGCGCAACAGACAUCGCCGCUAACGCCACCUCGAUCUUCGGCUGCCACAUACGCUGUCACAUGA